UAGCUCUUCUGUUUGACCUGGAUUUUGUCUUUUGGAAAUGACUGUCAAAUGGUUGCACAGCAGACAACUUUCGUCCUGCCAUUUUGGAAUAUAAAAGAGUCGGUUUGGUUUUUGUGUGCGUGUGUGUGUGUGUGUGUGCGUGAGAGUUUUGUUUUGUGCACACUAUAUAAAGUGGAGCUCCGAAAGUAGAAGUGAAAGCAGAAACAGAACUCACAUGUCCGUGUUUGUUUGGCUCUGACGGGGCUCAUUUAUUGAAGUCUCAGAUGUCUGCACUGUUGAAGAAAUCGGACAUCUCCGUUUGGAAACCAUGAGCUCCGGAGAUGGGAAAAAACUGGUGGUCCUUCUGUGCCACUUCCUGCUGGUUUCCCUGCCCGAGGCCUCCCAGAAGACCUCCUGCCGCAUCCAAGGCACCAAAGCCGACUGCAGCCGCCUGAGCCUGGCAUCCGUGCCGUCCGACCUCCCCGGCAACAUCACCGGCUUGGAUCUUUCCCACAACCGACUGAGCCAGGUCCCGCCGGCUUCCCUGGCCCCCUACGUGGGUCUCCUGGACCUGGAUGUCAGUUUCAACAGCCUCACCAGCCUGGAUGGCGGGUUGUGCCGGGCGCUGCCUCGGCUGCAGACUCUCACCGCGGACCACAACGAGGUGCACGUCAUCCGGGAGGAGGAUCUGAGCCCCUGCGGCAGCCUGACCGAGUUUCGCUUGUCGGGCAAUAGGCUGAAGUUGAAAGGGGAAGUCUUCGCGGGGCUGCAGAGUCUGAAAUUCCUGGACGUGUCGAAGAACAACCUCAACUCGGCCAAGCUGGGCUCCAGGCCUCAGAUGCCCAACCUGGUGGAGCUCAGGCUGGGAUUCAACACAUUCUCAACCUUGGCCAAGGACGACUUUGCUCUCUUUAGCCACUCGGAAUCUUUGCAGGUCCUCAACCUGGAAUCCGCCACGAUCAAAACAGUGGAGCCCGGUUCCUUCCAGCCCAUUUCCCACUUGCAUAUCUUAAUCAUGGACGGGAGCAACAUGGGAACGACGUCCAUCUCCAAACUCUGCGCUGCGCUGUCGGGAACGUCGAUCCGGAAAUUGUCCCUGCAGAGAAUGAAGCUGGUCACGCUCACCAACGGCACCUUCAAAGAGCUGCGGCGAACCAACGUCACCUCGCUGGACCUCUCCGGCAACGGCUUGGGGAAAAUCGAAGAGGGCUCGUUCCGGUGGCUCGGCAAACUGGAUGCCCUUGUUUUGUCAGACAACAACAUCAAGCACUUGACCAAGCGGACGUUUGAGGGUCUUGACAGUUUAAAGCAGCUGGACUUGAGGAAAGCUCUGGUGAAAAGUCAUACCUCCGCCACGCCCAUCAUUGAAGACUUCUCCUUCCAGCUGCUGGGCGCCCUGGAGACUUUGUGUUUGCAGAAGACGACGGCGCGGGAGAUUAGCGAGCACACCUUCGCGGGCUUGAAAAGUCUCAAAUAUCUGGACCUGAGCUGGAGCAGCUACGUGUCGCUGAAAACGAUCUCCAACAGGACACUGGCUUCGCUGGGCGGGUCGCAGUUGCUGAAGCUCAACAUGACGGCGACGGCCAUUUUGCAGAUUCAACACGGCGCCUUCUCCCAUUUGCGGAACCUCACGCACCUUUUUCUGGAUUUGAAUUUCAUCAAGCAGACUGUCGGCGGGGCAGAGUUCCAAGGCUUGGAUCGUCUCCAGGAGCUUCACAUGUCCUUCAACCACCAAACCAUCACCCUCAGCCCCGCGUCGUUUGUCGGGGUUCCCCUUCUCAGGGUGCUGACGCUGAGUAAAAGCCUCACGGCGAUGUCCUUGAACUUGGAUCGUUCGCCGUUCGAGCCCUUGUCCAACCUCGCCUACUUGGACCUGAGCAACAACAACAUCGCCAACUUGAGGGCGAACUUACUGACCAAUCUCGUCAACCUGAAGGUCCUCAAGCUGCAACACAACAACCUGGCGCGGCUGUGGAAGGACGUCAAUCUCGGGGGGGCCGUGCUCUACCUGAAAGGCCUGGAGAACAUGACCAGCCUGCAGAUGGACAACAACGGGCUCGACGAGAUCCCCGCCGAGGCGCUGAGCGGGCUGAGGAACCUGCGUGAGCUCAGUCUUAGCAACAAUCUGCUCAACAACCUGAAGGACUCGGUCUUCGACAGCCUGACCUCCCUGAAAGUCUUACAUCUGCAGAGGAGCCUGAUCACGGCCGUGAGGCCCCAGGUGUUCCGCGUUCCUUUGGCCAACCUCAGCGAACUCCUGAUGGAUCGGAAUCCCUUCGACUGCACGUGCGAGAGCAUCCUGUGGUUUCUGACCUGGUUGAACACCACCAACACAACCAGCGUUCCUGGCUUGAGAGAGCAGUACAUGUGCAACACGCCGCUCGCUUACUUCAACCGCUCCAUCACAGAUUUCGACCCCCUCUCCUGCAAGGACAUGGCACCAUUCCGGGCGCUCUACAUACUAAACAGUACGCUGGUGGCGCUGCUGACAGCGAUAGCGCUUCUGGUGCGCUUUCACGGCUGGAGGAUCCAAUUCUACUGGAACAUCCUGGUCAAUCGGGCUUUGGGCUUCAGCGACACUACGCCGGAGAAGGGUCAGCAGUUCGAAUAUGACGCCUACAUCAUCCACGCCGAGGUCGACGGCAGCUGGGUGGAAAGAGCCUUGAUGCCCCUUGAGGGAAACGCGUGCAAGUUUUGCCUGGAGGAUCGGGAUUCGCUGCCAGGGGAGUCCCAGCUGGAGUCCAUCGUGGAGAACAUGAGGAAUUCCCGCAAAAUUCUUUUUGUGGUCACUGAAAGCCUCCUCAGCGAUCCGUGGUGCAGACGCUUCAAGGCCCAUCAUGCAUUGCACCAAGUGAUGGAGGCCAGCAGGGACUCUGUGAUCCUGGUCUUCCUCCAGGACGUCCACGACUACAAGCUAUCGCGCUCGCUCUUCCUGCGCCGCGGGAUGCUGAGGAAACGCUGCGUCCUCCACUGGCCCGUCCACAAGGAGCGAGUGGUCGCCUUCCGUCAAAAGCUGCUCAUCGCCCUCGGGACGACCAAUCGAUUUCCACCCCUGCUUUGAACAACAAGUCCCAGAAUGAAUCCCAUUACAUUCCGUUGGUCAUAUUUUAUCCAAUCACAUCAAAGUUCUCACAAUCUCGAAGCAUCAAUCCAUUCUCUGGACCGCAUUUUUA